GGACCACUUGGAGCACAAGGCGGACACCCACCUGCCAGGAAUGGGCUAGAUCAAGCCAGGCUAGCCGGGUUGCUUAGCGUCGGUGCUGAGAUGACGACGGCACGGGCUGCGCGCGGCGAGGGCUCCUCAGGACUGGAGGGCGGCGCCGCGGCCUCCACUCGGGCCGCACUGUAUCCGGGGGAAGAAGCUUCGCGGCGACGUCCCGUUACUCCAGGCCCUGCCGGCCCAUACGGGCUGCAGCCGCGACAUAGCCUCGCCCCCCUGCAGCACUUGCUUUUGCGACUGACCUGCCGCGGACCGCCACAGAUCGCACUAGACAGCGAACGAAACAGCGACCUCCGCCUCCCCCGGCCCGACAACAACAAGCGGCCGACAGGCCCGGCCCCACUCCUCUGAAUGGUCCGCUCCGACCUCGGGAUCCAGACCGCGACAAGCCAUUGGGGGAAUUCUCCGCCACUCAGCCGUAUCUUGCACUUCUACUGGCUGUGUAGCUUGUCUAUCUCGCCCUCGCUUACGAACCCGCCUCCCCUCUUAGUGUUCAUUGGUUAGGGCAGCCCAGCCCCGCCCUCGGGGGGGCCAACCCUUUUCCCAGGGUGGAACAGACUUACCAAGCGUCUGGUGUGUUUGUGUGGAUUGGCGCCCUGCUCCUGCCGAGUACUGGUGUUGCCUUACGUCGGGCAGCGGCUAUCGCCCGUGCGAACCUUUGAGAAAAGUCCAUCCUUCAUUUUGUGACCGGUGUCUGGUCUCUGACUCUGUCCCCGGGCCCAGCUCAAACGUGACUAGCGUGCCUGGAGAUUGGACCUUCUCUAUCCCUGAGCACAGCGGGCGGUCAAGCUCAGGUAGUGCGCGACCCUGGGUCCUUCAUGUUCUCCACGCUUGGCGCAUCCGGAACCUAGGCCCAUAGCCCGAGUUUCUGGUCGGCGGAAGCGCUUGACAGCUCUAUCACGGAAGCGCUCUCGGAGGGUCAGGACUCUGCCGCACCAGAUAUGGCGCCGCCCGCCGGCGGGGCUGCAGCGGCUACAAACCCUAGUUCGCCUGCGGUGCUCCUGGCAGUGCAGGCCGCAGUGAGACCGCUGGGCGCCGGGCACGACACCGAGGCGCAGCUACGGAGGCUGCAGUUAAGCGCCGACCCUGAGCGUCCUGGGCGCUUCCGGCUGGGGCUGUUGGGCACCGGGCCAGGGGCGGUCAGUUUAGAAUGGCCCUUGGAGUCCAUUUGCUAUACCGUGCGUGGACCUAACCAACACGAGCUGCAGCCUCCGCCGGGAGGGCCUGGAACCUUCAGUGUGCACUUCCUCAACUCCCAGGAAGCACAGCAGUGGGCAGCACUGGUGCGAGAUGCCACCGCGGAGGGACAAAAUGGCAAUGGCAGCCAAGCCCAAGCCCCAGAAAUGUGUCCCCUUUCUCCACCAUGUUCUUCUGUGGCUCAAAUACCUAAAGCAACCCAACCUGAGGUGGAUCUUCCUCAAAGUUCUGGAAACUUGAAAAAAGAAGAGCUGGCUACACGCCUGGCCCAGGCCAUUGCAGAUGGAGAUGAGAAAGAAGCAGCCCAUGUGGCAGCAAUCCUGGCACAGCAUCAUGUGGCUCUCAAUGUCCAGCUCAUGGAGGCCUGGUUCCCACCAGGUCCCAUCAGGUUGCAAGUCACAGUUGAAGAUGCCACAUCUGUUUUGUCCUCUGCAUCAUCUGCCCAUGUCUCACUGCAGAUCCACCCAUACUGCUCCAUUGCAGCCCUUCAGGAAAAGGUGUUCUCAGAGUUCGGUUUCCCGCCAGCUGUGCAGCGCUGGGUCAUUGGGCGGUGCCUAUGUGUGCCUGAACGAAGCCUUGCUUCCUAUGGGGUCUCGCAAGAUGGGGACCCUGCUUUUCUUUACUUGCUCUCAGCCCCCCGAGAAGCUUCAGGACAUAGCCCUCAACAUUCCAAGAUGGAUGGGAAAUUAGGAUGCUUGUUUCCUCAGUCAUUGGAGCAGCCUCAUACCCUCCAGCCAACCAGUUCCAGUCUCCCAAAUCCCCCUCAGCCUGGCUGGUCUUGCCCUUCCUGCACCUUCAUCAAUGCCUCAAACCGCCCUGGCUGUGAGAUGUGUAGCACCCAAAGGCCCUGUACUUGGGAUCCCCUUACUACAGCUUCCACCUAGAAGACACCAAAGAUUACAGAGACCAUGGCCCUCCUGUCACAGGCCCAAGUCCCUGAACCACCACCACCUCUCAAACGUCGCAGGGGACCUCUGCUUGUUGGGGACAGAGAUGCAGUGUUAAGGAGCAAGGGCCACAAGGCAGUAAUUAAAGACACACAAGAACCAGCCCGUGUCCUAGUCUUGGUGCAGAGUUGCACUAGUCCAGCCGCCUGGGAGCAAGGAAACAGAUUCUGCCCCCUCAGUUGCAGAUGGAACUCCCCAAACCACAACCAGGAGACUACUCAAGAGUAGAUUUAGGCUAAAGUCCCAGUGGUCACAGAUCAUGGAACUAGGGUCUUUCCAGAGCCUUCAAGCCUUCAGGGGGUCCUAGACUGCUGCUAAUCUGCUAGGAGUUCCUCUCACUAACCCUGGCCCUUUGCUGCCCUUCUUGAAUCCUAUAGUGCAAUCACUAUUUUCAGCUGUUUCAGCCAAUAUGAAACCAGCAAUGGGACUGGGCAUUUCUCCUUCACCACAGGGAUGCUUUAGCACUGGGAGUCACGAGUCUCACUACCAGGUCAUGCCUUUGUGAUCCUGACAACCAUCUGUCACCGCUCUUUAUGAAUAGAGGUGCCGACGCUUUAUGAAUCUAGUCACAGCCAGUUUGGUAGAUGUACUACCUAACUGCCCUGGAGACUACUAGGUGUCAUUCCCUGAUGAAUACCAGACACUUCCACAUAUAUUUCCAGCACAACCCUUUUAUCUGUCCAGCCAAGACUAAGACAUCCCAGAUCCCCUCUGCCUGGCUACUCCACAUUUCUGAGAACUUCCUCAUUCCCCCGCUACCCCCAGAUAGCAUCCACCAGUGAUGCUGCUCUAGGUCUUCCCGAAGAUCUGAAGGCUCCCUGCUGCCAUCAGUGUGGAAGCAGGAACCCCUUUCUAGCUCUGCCAAGGCAUAGCCACUCUGUUCAACAGUGCAGUGCUGCUUUUUCGGAAAUAAAGUAUUUUGAGACUGGG